AUUAGUCUCACUAUCAUUUACUAGAAAUCUGUUUCUCUCCAUUCGCUUUCUCCCGACGCCUACCUCCACUCACCAACCAAGCAUUGGAAGAAAGGCAUGAAUUCUUAGAUCCUUCGUUUUUAUUACUAAAAAAGAAACUGCAUUAAUAAAAAAACCUAAUGAAUAUGAGGUUAUCGAUUGGGCGGUUAUAUCGACCUGGCUUUUUAUGCUGCCAAAGUCAAGGGCUUUAUGGACGCAGCUUCCUAUCCAAUUUUCACACAAGUUCAGUAGCUUAUGGAUUAAAAAAACAAAAGGCAAGCCGCAGAAGGAAGAUGAAUAUAGAGCGUCAAAACGAAUUGCAUAAGGAACGCGUAGCUAAUCUAGGAGAUUUUGUAACGGGUAAUUCUACAGACUGGACUAAUCAAUUAAUUCGCUCAAGACAAUUUUUUCAAAGUCAAUUACAGAAUAGAACUACGUCUCUAGUUCCUCUUAAAUUUCCUAUUCCCAUGGAUGAAGUCGACAACAUCUUGCAAAAAUUCGAUGAACUCAAUGUGUCCACAUUAAAGGAAGCUCGCGAAUUUCUAAAAAUCGAUGACUUUGCCGCUCCAGGAUCUACUGACAACGUAUUUGAAUCUUUACGUGACCUGGAUGAAGCUCCAGGCGCUGCUGAAUAUUUUCAAAAAUUAGCACAAGAACUGAGUAAUAUGUCUCAAAUAAAUGACUCCAGAAAAGAGAGUAUUCGAAGGAUUUUUAGUCUUUCAAAUUCAAAUGCUAAAUUGGCUGAAGCAAAUAAUAGACGGACCGCCAUCGAAUAUUUCGCGAAGACAGAGAAUGACACAGGAAGCCCAGAGGUUCAAGCAGCAACUUUUACAAGCAAAAUUUUAGCUUUGAAAGAUCAUUGUAAUCGAAACCAUAAGGAUCAGACUGCUAAACGGAAACUUCGUUUUUACGUCCAUCAAAGACAAAGGAUGCUCAAGUAUUUGCGACUGAAGGACUUUGAGCGCUACAUGUCUUGUAUAAACAACUUAGGACUUACAGACGAUGUAAUUUUGAGGGAGAUUACCAUGUAACAAAUAUAAUCAUAUGUUAUAUACAUUUGGCUAAGUUUUCGUCCCUCUAUGUUUUGUUUUACUUCUUUUUGAAAGGGAGAUUAGAUAAUCUUCGCCGAAAAUGUGUAGAUGUAUUAACAACGCAUAAAUAAUCAUGAAUAGUCUAAAAUAAAAAAGUAUUUGGUAAAAGAAAGUAGAAAAUCAAAGUGGUUUCUCUUCAGCUUGCGAUAUCAGCAUAUUAAGCCAUUCCUUUCCGAGAAUCC